CUGCAUUGUUGAUCAUACAAGUCCGCCUACGCACGGCCGCACCUCGACCAUGCUCUCGCCCCGAGCUUCGUCUCGCCCACUGCACACAGCCUAGCUGCAGCCUGACCUGCCUCGCGUUGUCGUCGGUGUGAACCAGAACAUCGCCGAGUGGCGUCCCGAGCACCGUGCUGCAGACGGCCCGUCGUUUUACUCAACCAUCCGCCAUCCGUAUCCGCUUUUCCUCGCCGAUCGCUGCUUGUCUCUGUAAAUCUUUCUCCAGCUUCAGCAGCGCAGGUCCUCGUGUACCAACACCCGCUCCUUUAUAACAAGACGCGACCCACAUACGUUGGCGCCCAUACGCGACCGCGACCCUAUGUCAUUCGACGCGAUGCAAGCACCUCAACAACCCCUUUUCCCUUCCAGACCUCUCUCGAGGUUGAACACGACAGUCGUUGGCUCGCCUCAGGCCACGCUUCCUACUCCGGACUCUGCGGGCUCGCCCCAUCGUCCACAAGCAGCGACUUUGCCUCAAUACGCUCCGCUAUCGCCUGUUGCAGGCCCAUCGACGCAGUCGACACAUUUCAGUGUCUCCAAUCAUUCGCAUGUCCGCUCGCCGAUCUCUAGCAAUUUCCCGCAAUCCAGAGCCUCCGCAUCGCACUAUCCGCCCGGUCCUUCUGCUCCGGUGUACCAACAACAAGGUUCUCCGUCACUCGCAAAUCAGCCGCACCAUUCCCCUCAUCUCCCUUCGCACGUACGGAGUCAGACGCUACCCGCGGGUCACCCACCUGCUGUAGUGGCUCAACGACCAUCGACGUAUGCGCCUUACCAGCAAAACCUGCCGGGCACUAGUCAAGCGACUAGCUAUUUCCCGUCAAUACCGCCCGAGUUGCUGCGCCGACAUAGCCACAACUUGGCUCCUCAAAGGCCGCCCUCCUCAUCGGCUAGAGAGCACCUCGAGAGGCGUGACAGCGCACACAUACAAGCACCGGCAGCCUCUGCGUCCUUACACGGUGGGAACGUAGACGCAGCAGCAUCGCAGGUACGGCCGGUGUUCUCUCCUCAAGUGCCCCACGGAUCAGAACAUAGUCGGCAAUCGACGACGUCUACGCCCAGACCUGCUGCCGGCCCCGCGUCUCCAUUCAUCCCGCAGCCAAACACCCCCGCAUCUGCUGGUUCACCCCCUGCCGAGCAGCAGAGCCCUUCGCAGAACCAGGAGAUCCGCUCGCCUUUCUCUGUCACGCAGUGGGACCCGCAGAAGCACGCGCGUUUGGUGUUCACCUCGUUCGGGGGCCGCCUCGCGGAGACGAUCCGGUACAUGGAGGCGCAGCUCUCGCGCGAGCUCGUCUCAGUGAAAACACACGUGCUGGGCCUCGAGAAGGAGCUCGCGGCGGCCAACGCGGAAGGCGACCGCCUGCGCAACGAGAAGGACAUCGCGCUCAGGGGCGCGCAGGCGGAGAGGCAGGCGGCGGAAGAGGCGCGCGCGACAAUAUUGAAGGAGCGUGGGGCGCUGACGGCGACGUUCAAGGCCGCGCAGGACCUCGGGAAUGCGUGCACGGCGCUGCGUAAUCAGCUGGGCGCGACGCAGACGGAGCUGGAGCAGGUGAAGGCUGAGAGGGAGAACUUGAGGAAGGAGAAUUGGCAGCUGAAGGAGGUGGUGGCGAAGCUCUCGUGCGAUAUGCAUCUGAGCGGGCGGGAGCGGAGGGAGGGGAGCGUAGCAGCGGCAGGCGACGACGUGCUGUCCAAAGCGAUUGCACAAACGAAGGACGAGCGUGACAGGCGAACAGAGGUUGAACGAGAGCUCACAGAGCUGAAGGCUCAGGUCAGCAAGCAGGCCCUCCUCCAACAAAACUGUUCGACCAACGUUGGCUGGGCUGAGAUCGGUGCUACGUGGAAGCUCACUGGGCUUCCCAAUCCGUUCCCCGACUCACAACUAGAAAACCAGCGUUUGCAAGACAACUCACCGGGCGAUAGACAAACACCUCUGCCUUCCGCCAACGAGACAUUCACGGGGCUGGCGACGCCACAGUCACAGGCCGGAACGGUCGAUAUAGAGCCAGCAUCGAUGGACAGGGCCGUUUCGGAAGUCAUUGAUCUGACAAUGUCAGAUAGCGAGUUGACCCCGUCGGCAAGCAGGGAUCGGAAGAGAUUCGCGAGUCCGUCCAUCCUUGACGAAGGAAGUGUAUUGAAGAGGAGGAGAACGGAAGAGUUUAUUGCCGACGGACAGGACCCUCAGCCAAGAGAGCCAUCCCCCGCCGAGCUUGAGCGCCCGGGUUCCUCAUCGACGAGCAUCCAUGAGUUUGGCACAGCUCCUUUGCUUAUGGGUCUUUCUCCCACCACCCAUGAAGAGUUUAUGGAGCAAGAUGCUGAUCCGGACCAGACACUCGUUGAUGGCGGGCACAGUGCAGCAACUGACAGUGACGUUGUCCUGCCAGACGCCAAGAUGGAGUCUAACGAAGAGCAAGUGAUGUCGGAAGUUGAGACCAAGCCGGACGUGUUCGGAGGACGCGGUGCAGAACCACAGGAGCAACAUCCACAAGACAGUGUUGCGAAGCAGGAAGACGAGGAUGGCGAGGUUAAGGAAGAAGAUUGGCCGUCUCCACAGCUUGCCCCCGCUCCCCAGCCAGAACCUCCUACCCAAACACCACAUCUGCCAAUGCCGAAGGAGGAAACUCCACCGCGUCCGGCGCCACCUCUACAACGACAUGACUUAUCGAGACGGAGCACAAGUUCGACCUCGUAUUCGCCUGCAGUUACCCUACACUCACUUCCACCGAAACCACUUUUCGUCGCAAAGCCGAGUACAUCUCUCCGCUCAAAGUCGAGCGUAGGUCUACCUCCGAGGCCGGAUCUACCUGCGACGACGGAUUCACCAGCAUCGGAGCAGCGCCCGCCGCUCCGAAGGGCGCUUACCAUCUCGCACAUUCACCUUGCGUACGACGAAGUCGGCUCGCGGUACACCUGCGUUAUGUGCAAGCGUCGACAUGACAAAGAUCCGACGCUCAGAGUAGCCUGGUUCCCGACGAACUCGGACUGGCCCACGCUCGUUGGUCAUGUCGAGCGCGAGCAUCCACGAGGGUUCGAACGAUUAGUGAACAUGAACCCACAAGAAGUCGCCGAAGCGAAUUCACGAAAGAAGUGAAAUCCUCACCACUCCCUUGCAGUAUGAGCACCUAUGCGCCUAUGUGUAUGUUUCCUAUUUUUAUGAGGUAACCCGCGUCGAGCCUGUAGCCGUCCUUUGUUGUGAUGUCAAACCUUUGUGCCAUGUAUUCCUACGUUGUCUAAACCAAGUCCUGUACAUGUAUUUGACAUGUAUGUAGAAGAAUACAACACCGUUUCUGAAGCGAA